AUGCCCGUAGAUGGCAUUGUGAACGGGGGCACGGAGCCAGCCCGGCCAAAGGUGCAGGAUGUGCCCGACGAUGAGGUUCUCAAUGAUGUUAGCUUAAUGAAGACAUGCGGAACCAAAGAGACUGCUUUGAAGUGCAUCCGGAUGUUGGACAAGUGCCUGGAAACGGGCAAGCUUGACCUGUCCGGGGAGGACAUGCCAGAGGAGAUGCUGGUAAAGACAAUCAAAGCCGUCGGCAAGAUUGGUGGGAUCAAGGGGCUGAUGCCGACCAGAACGUCGACGUUGCCGAUAAACGAGAUUAACCUCAGUGGCAACUCUCUUUUGACGCCGCCGUCGCCAUCGGAGCACACUGCCGCAGUCAAAGCAAAUUUGAAGCGCCGAGCCGAAACGGUGCAGCUGAUAGUUCAGUUCGUGCGCGUCUCCACAGAGGCUCGCACGGUCAUCUUUGACAACUGCAACCUGGAAGGUUACAGUCAUGACAAGGACGACCUAGUUGAGCUCGAACUCGUUCGCCUGGUGAAGAAAUUCGGCGCCGGGAAGAACUCGAGGUACGCAGAAAGGGUGUCGUUGGCAGGCAACCGGUUUGGGCAGGAGUUCUGUCGCCGAAUCAUUGAGGGCGCAUACUGGGAGCGAAACCGUCAUCCUGACAAAGAUGACAUGCCAAAGCUGUUCUUGGAUCUGUCCAAGAAUCGUAUACCACACCCAGAGAGGAUUGUGGAGGAAUUGAAGGAGGGCAAGACAGCGGGAGGUCCCAUGAGCCUAGCAACUACAACCGACCCAGAAGAUGUUCGCAAGGAAGCGCUUAUCAUUCUGGAUAUCUCAGGCCAGCGGGAUCAUUCUCCCUCAGCACCACGGGAAGGGCGGAGGCCACUGAUUGAACAACUCCGUCAGGAUCGCCAGCGCAGGCCAUCCCCGCGCCGCCCAUCGCGAAGCCCUCCCAGGCGCUCGCGGUCCCGGACUCCGCCAAGGCGGUCACCCAGUCGAAGAAGAGACAGCCGCCCGCGCGACAGCCGGAGGAGGGAUAGCCGCAGGCGCUCGCCUCCACGCCGGAGUCCAUCUCGACGGCGCAGCCGAUCAGACAGCAGGCAGCCACGGCGCAGAGGCCGCCACUGA